AUGAACUGCGGCAGUCGUGGCACCGCCCAGAGUCUGGUCACAGCUCGCCACCUUCAGCAAACAGACCUUCUCUUCCUCCCGGUGGUCUCUGCAGUCCCACCGUGGACGACGGCCAGAGCUGGUGUCCGCUGGAAAUCCAAACCUUUGGCCUUGUUUUCCGACCAGAGACUAUGUUUGUCCCAGAGUCCAGAGAGGAACUACAACAACUACAGCAACUACAGGAACUACAGCAACUACAGCAACUACAGGAACUACAGCAACUACAGCAACUACAGCAACUACAGCAACUACAGGAACUACAGCAACUACAAGAACUACAAGAACUACAGCAACUACAGGAACUACAGCAACUACAAGAACUACAGGAACUACAGCAACUACAGCAACUACAGGAACUACAGCAACUACAAGAACUACAGCAACUACAAGAACUACAGCAACUACAGCAACUACAGGAACUACAGCAACUACAGCAACUACAGCAACUACAGGAACUACAGCAACUACAGGAACUACAUCAACUACAGCAACUACAGGAACUACAGCAACUACAGGAACUACAGCAACUACAGCAGCUACAGGAACUACAGCAACUACAGGAACUACAGCAACUACAGAAACUACAAGAACUACAGCAACUACAGCAACUACAAGAACUACAGCAACUACAGCAACUACAAGAACUACAGCAACUACAAGAACUGCAUGAACUACAUCAACUACAAGAACUACAGCAACUACAAGAACUACAGCAACUACAGCAACUACAAGAACUACAGCAACUACAAGAACUACAGCAACUACAAGAACUACAGGAACUACAGGAACUACAGCAACUACAGCAGCUACAGGAACUACAGCAACUACAGCAGCUACAGCAACUACAGCAACUACAGCAACUACAGCAACUACAAGAACUACAGCAACUACAAGAACUACAGCAACUACAAGAACUACAGCAACUACAAGAAUUACAGGAACUACAGCAACUACAGCAGCUACAGGAAGUACAGCAACUACGGGAACUACAGCAACUACAGCAACUACAGAAACUACAAGAACUACAGCAACUAA